AUGGGCGCCAAAGUAAUGGUUCAUGGUUUGGUGAUCGAUGUAGAUGUAUUAUUAUUAUUAUUACUAGCACCAGCACCAACAGCAAAAGGACCAAAAACCACAUUUGGCCCACUCCCCAAGAUUGCUGCUUAUUUUUCCCAAUCGAUUAUUGACUCUAUCGAUCAUAGUCAUCCAUCAUAUCCACCUCCUCUUUUACAUCAUCAUCAUCAUCAUCAAUAUCCUCAUCAUCAUCAUCCCUACAACAACUACCACCACCACCACCAUCUUCAUCAACAACAACCACAACCACAACCACAGUAUUUUUAUACUUCACCACCAUUACCACUACCAAAUCAUUCAAGUUAUAGUAGUACUACCCCACCACUUCCAACCACUCCAAACAACAACAACAAUACCAACAACGGUUCGUCAGUUUCAUCAUCACAGAGUAACACUCCAAACUUAAAAUAUCCAUCUAGCAGUGACAUUGAUUUCCAUUCCUCAUCUGAUCAUUUCCAGGGUCAAUCUACUACUAUUACUAGUUCAUCAGACACUGUUAAUCAUUUCCAGAGUUUAAAUCUUCAAACUUCUUCUGACAAUAAUAAUCAUUAUCAUUUUGAAAAAGAUUUAUUAAUUCAUUCAUCAAGUCCAAUACAACAAGGAUCACCAUUAAAACUUUCCACUACUACUGAACAUACUCGUCAUUUACAAUAUCAACGUAAUAAUAGUAGUAGCAGUAUGUUACCAACAUCCAACUCUGCUUCGUCACAAUCAGCAUCGUCACCUCAACACAUUACAUCGGAUUUGACUCACCUCCCACUCCCAUCGAUCUUUCAGCAAAACCCAAACGCCGCAUCAAACCACUGCCCAACACGUUGCUCAACAACACCAACAAGCCCACCAAGCCCAUCAACAGGCCCAACAAGCUCAACAAGCUCAACAACAAGCCCAGCAACAGGCCCAACACCACCAAAUGUCCAACAACAACAAUAA